UUUACUUCAAAGUGUAGAUUACUAGAUUUCAUAUUUACUGCACUGAUCUCAUCACAUCUUUCCCAUACACUGUGCUUCUGUAUCCGGCCACUUUCAAAUGUCAUAUCUCCGUUCAACUCCUCCAACUGUGGACAGAAUCAGCACCCUGCCGGACUCCGUUAUCUGCCACAUUCUCUCAUUUCUCCCUACCAAAGAAGCCGCUGCCACAACCAUCCUCUCAAAGAAAUGGAAUCGGAAUCCACUGUGGCUCUCACUUCUAACUCUCGACUUCGACCAACAAAACUUUGCAGACUUCGCCAGUUUUCGACAUUUUGUGUACUCAGUCAUGCUCAUGAGAAACAUCACGCUGCCCAUCCGAUCAUUCCUACUCAAAUGUGGUAACUCUUCUGACUUCAACCGACACGAUGUCAAUAGAUUUAUUCAAGCUGUUGUGCAACGUGGAAUUCAGAAUCUCAAUCUUCACAUGUUCACUGCAACGAGUCAUUGCUUUAAGUUACCACAAUGUGUUUUAAAUUGUAAUAGCCUCACUGUUCUUAAGUUGAAGUGGCUAAGGAUACAACAUUUUUCCAAAGUCAAUUUUCCCUUACUCAAAACUCUUCAUUUGGAAGAUAUCCGCUUCUUCUUAAGACAUCCUAUUUAUCUUCAGAAAUUCCUACAUGGGUGUCCCGUUUUAGAGGAUCUCCAAAUACAAGAUAUAUUGCUGUUUGAUUAUGAAUGCGGAGAGUUUAACGGCUUACUCAAAUUGGUCAAAGCAAAUAUUUUUAACUCAACAAUGUGGAAUAUUCCUUUUUCUUGGGUUUGUAACGCAAAGUUUCUAUGUAAUCGCCCUUAUGGCUGUCAAGUCCCCGCCUUUCUUAAUUUAACCAACCUGAAGAUUAUAUUUGGAUCGACUACAAAUGAUUGGCUUGGGAAGUGGAAGUGGAUGACAGAAGUGCUCCAAAAUUCUCCUAAGCUUCAAAAUCUUACCAUUCAUGAGAGAAAAAUAUAUGAAAUUGGCAAUGACGAUUGGGUGGACCCAUCAAUUGUUCCCAAAUGCCUUUCAUCGGAGCUUAGAACAUGUUCGCUUAUAGGUUAUGUAGGCAUGAAGCGCGAGUUUCAGUUUGCAGAGUACAUUUUGAAGAAUGCAAAAGCAUUGCACACCAUGAAAAUUAGUGCAUCAGAUGUGGAUUUAAGCAUAAAGCACCAAAUGCUGAUGAAACUAUCUUUGUGUCCUAGGGGCUCUACUACGUGUAAACUUUCAUUUGAUUGAGAAAGGUUGGAGCACCGCUACUUUGGUUUCUACUUCCUUACUAUUAUGUUAGA